AACCGAUUCGCGGAGAUGAAUCCGACUUCCCAUUACAAACCGGAUGUUGUCAUGCAACACACGCUGUUUCCGUUUCCGUGUGCGCCACAAUUGACUUUGGCGCGGUGUUCAAAACAGUUCGCGGGUGAAGGGGAGAGAUUUGACGCAGUUAUUUUGUUCAAGUGUUUUUACACAAAUCAAAAAACAAUCGGAUUUAUUUUACCUGGUGAUUUGAAGAUGUUAUCCCGAAAAAGAAAACAUGGCUCUCCUGAUGUUGAAAGUAACCCAUCUAAGAAACAAAUAACCAGCCCAAGGAAUUCUCCAAGAAGGACGACUCGACAAAAAGAGAACAUUCCCAUCUCGCUGGCAUCACCCCAAAAAAUUCCCAGUACACCUAAGAAGAUGCCGAGGACCUCUUCACUAGAAUCUCCCCCGAAACGGAUCUCGCCACGGAAAACGGUAUUGGGAGCAAGAUCCUUCUACAGCAAGCAGAAACCUCUGUAUCUCACGCCUCUUGAAAGGAAGCUGUUGAAGGAAACCAAGUCACCACCGUCAGUCCCUAGCAAAGAGCCAACACAACCUGCUUCAACUCCUGGAAAUCCUGUUAAAAAACCAGUGAGGAGGGUUCAAAAGAAAACCAGUGUCGCUGGUCCACAGUCUAACCUGAAAGGUUACUUUACUGCUAAACCCAAAGGGAAAAGUCCUUCUGACACACAAACAGAUCAAUCACUGAAGGUCCUGGUGGCCCCCAUUUCAUUUAGCACUAUGAAAUCCAAAGAUAAACCCAAGCUUGUUGUGGGAGCAGCUUUCUUCAGCACUGGAAAAAAGCCCACUUCACUGUACAAAAAGUCCACAAAGACCACAAAGCCUAAACAGCCCUCAACCUACGAGAAACCCAACUCUCAGAAACCCAUGAAGGAGAAGGAAGUGACAUCAGCGCCAAGAGAGCGUUCCCCGGUCCGCCAUGCCGUCUUCUUAAAAAAACACCCUGAAGUGGACAACACAACUAAAGUUACCAGAGAUGAAGAUAUUGAGAGUCCCAAGCAGAUGUCAUCUCAGGUCCUGGCCGAUUUGCAUGGUAUUACCAAAGACAUAAAGGUGAUUUUGAGGAGGUCCGUUAGCCCCAACAAAUCCUUUGAAGCUGGUAGUCAGGACUCGCCUGUGAAAACUGAUUCAGUGUUUGAUGUGACUGACAUUCCACCAGAUCACAACAGCUCUCAUGAUGAUGAAGAGUCCUCUGUGUAUCCCAUCUUUGGCACUAAAAGAUCUCAGAAAAAAGGGAUUUUGUCCCCACCACUGAACACUAGCACUCCUUCUGGACUGAAUGGUACUCCUGCUUUUAAGGCCAAAGAGAGGAGUGCUUUGAGAAGAGAGAUGAAGAAGCAGACGGAUAACCAGCUCAUCAUUGAUGCUGGUCAAAAGCAGUUUGGUGCUACCACAUGCGGCUCCUGUGGGAUGCUGUACAGUACAGAUAGUCCUGAGGACAACUUCCAGCACACACAGUUCCAUCAGCGCUUCUUGGACACCAUUAAGUUUGUGGGCUGGAAAAAAGAGAGGGUUGUGGCAGAGUUCUGGGAUGGAAAGAUUAUUCUCGUUCUUCCCGAGGAUCCAAAGUAUGCCACAAAAAAGGCAGAGGACGUGAGACGGAUUGCAGACAGUGAAUUGGGCUUUCAGCAGAUCACACUCAGCAGCCCGAGCUCGGCUAAAACAUACCUGUUCAUUAACAGUGACAGGAUGGUUGUGGGAUGUCUGGUGGCUGAGAAUAUUAGACAGGCCUUUCGGGUCCUGGAGCAGCCAGAGAAACCCAAAGACAUUAACAAGGAGGAUUUCAUGGAGCGCCACAGAGCCUGGUGCUGCUCCACGGUGCCGGAAAAAGCCAUCUGUGGUGUCAGUCGCAUCUGGGUCUUCAGUCUGAUGAGGAGGAAGAGCAUCGCCACUCGCCUUCUGGACACUGUCAGGAAUACUUUCAUGUACGGGAGCCAUCUGACCAAAGAAGAAAUCGCCUUUUCUGACCCUACACCAGAAGGGAAGCUGUUUGCUACAAAAUACUGCGAGACACCAACAUUUCUGGUGUACAACUUCAUCAGUUAAAGAAAAACAUCUACACUAGGUUUUAGUUUGACUGCAUUUGUUAAUGCUUUUGUUUUUGUUUUUUUCUUCAAAGUUUAAUAGAUAAAAAAAAAAUUGUUAGAUGUUCAAAUGAAGUUGUGUAAUAUGAUAAACAUCUAAUUUUACUUUGAUAUAGAGACUGAUAUUUGGUCUUUAAUGCUGAGUUCAUUCAUUCUUAUUUAAGGCAGUUUACUUCAAAUACUGGCUGUUUAUUGUAAGCUAGCAGGCCCUAAAGCUUCCUGUUUGGAAAAUUAGGCUUCCAGUUGAACUGCUCCUUGCUUUUGCUUUGUACAUAUUUUUAAAUAAAUGGUCUUGUUCAUA